CUCUCUCUCUCUCUCUCUCUCUUUCGAUCUCGAUCCCACUCGCCGGAGGAGGAGGAGGAGGAGGAGGAGAAGACGAAGGGAGGCGGAGGUGGAUCUCCGCGCCGAUCUCUGAGGUCGAUCUCGUCUUCAACCUCCCUUCUUCGAUCUCCAUCAAUGGCGAAGUCGAGCGCCGACGACAUGGAGCUGCGGCGCGGCUGCGCCGCGGCCAUCGCCGCCUCCGGGGCCAAGGAGGACGUCGUCUUCUCCAUCCGAGUCGCCAAGGGCCGCGGCAUCUUCGAGAAGCUCGGUCGCCUCGCUAAGCCUCGUGUCCUCUCCCUCACGACUAAACAUUCACCCAAUGGUGGGGAAAAUAAAGCUUUUCUCCGAGUCUUGAAGUAUUCAUCGGGAGCAGUUCUUGAGCCUGCAAAACUAUACAAGCUGAAGCAUCUUACAAAGGUGGAAGUUGUUGCAAAUGAUCCUACUGGCUGUACAUUUAUUCUGGGAUUCGAUAACCUCAGAAGCCAGAGUGUUGCCCCUCCACAGUGGACAAUGCGGAAUAUAGAUGACAGGAAUCGCCUGCUACUUUGCAUUUUAGACAUGUGCAAGGAGAUAUUGGAUCGUCUUCCUAAAGUUGUUGGAAUUGAUAUUGUGGAGAUGGCUCUUUGGGCACAGGAAAAUACACCUACAGUUGCUAACCAAGUUAGCAAGCAAGAUGGCCAAGAAGGAUCAGUUGUACCAAUUGUGACACAAAGGGAGUUGAAAGUUACUGUUGAAAAGGACCUUGUCUCACAAGCAGAAGAAGAAGAAAUGGAGGCCCUUCUUGGCACGUAUGUUAUGGGCAUUGGUGAAGCAGAGGCAUUUUCUGAAAGAAUGAAGCGGGAACUUCUUGCUUUAGAAGCGGCAAAUGUCCAUUCCUUGUUGGAAAAUGAACCUCUAAUGGAGGAGGUAUUACAGGGACUAGAAGCAGCUAGUGCAUGUGUAGACGAUAUGGAUGAGUGGUUACGCAUUUUUAAUGUGAAACUCAGACAUAUGAGAGAGGACAUUGCAUCGAUUGAAUCCCGGAACAACAAAUUGGAGAUGCAGUCUGUUAGUAACAAAGCUCUUAUUGAGGAGCUGGACAAGCUACUUGAACGCUUGCGUAUCCCUUCAGAGUUUGCAGCAUCAUUAACUGGAGGUUCAUUUGAAGAAGCCCGCAUGCUUAAAAAUGUUGAAGCAUGUGAAUGGUUGACGGGGGCCAUACGUAGUCUUGAAGUGCCAAAUUUGGAUCCAUGUUAUGUUAACAUGCGAGCAGUUAGGGAAAAACGAGCUGAACUAGAAAAAUUAAAAACUACAUUUGUUCGGCGAGCAUCAGAAUUCUUGAGAAACUAUUUCUCUAGUUUGGUGGACUUCAUGAUUAGUGACAAGAGCUAUUUUUCCCAGCGAGGACAGUUAAAAAGGCCCGAUCAUGCUGACCUGCGGUACAGAUGCAGGACUUAUGCACGACUUCUGCAGCACCUAAAGAGUCUUGACAAGAAUUGCUUGGGCCCUUUACGGAAGGCAUACUGUCAGUCCCUUAAUCUACUUCUGCGUCGAGAGGCACGUGAAUUCGCAAACGAACUUCGUGCGAGUACGAAAGCAUCUAGAAAUCCUACUGUUUGGCUUGAAAGUACAGGAUCCAGUCAGACGGCAAGCAGUGCGGAUACUUCUACAGUUUCUGAAGCAUACUCGAAGAUGCUUACUAUCUUUAUCCCUCUUCUCGUAGACGAGAGCUCCUUUUUUGCUCAUUUCAUGUGCUUUGAAGUUCCUGCGCUUGGUGCUCCUGCUAAUGGUAUCAAAAGUGGAUCCAAUAGUAUUGGUACAAAUGAUGAUGAUUUGGGCCUUAUGGAUCCUGAUGCAAAUGAUAUCAAACAUGAUAAUAAUAUCACUGAGUUAGGAGCGCUUAAUGAAGCUCUGCAAGAACUGCUUGAUGGAAUCCAGGAAGACUUCUAUUCGGUGGUAGAUUGGGCGUACAAGAUCGAUCCUCUGCGGUGUAUAUCAAUGCACGGGAUUACAGAACGCUAUCUCUCUGGUCAGAAAGCUGAUGCUGCAGGAUUCGUGCGUAAGUUACUCGAUGAUUUGGAGAGCAAAAUAUCUUCGCAGUUCAGUAGGUUUGUUGAUGAAGCAUGCAAUCAGAUUGAGAGGAACGAACGUAAUGUACGUCAACUAGGAGUUUUGUCCUAUAUACCAAGAUUUGCAACUCUUGCAUCACGAAUGGAGCAGUACAUCCAAGGGCAAUCAAGGGAUCUGGUUGAUAAGGCAUACACAAGACUAAUUAGCACAAUGUUUGGAACUUUGGAGAAAAUUGCGCAAAGUGACCCUAGAAUUGUGGACAUUGUGCUAUUAGAGAACUAUGCAGCUUUCCAGAACAGUCUUUAUGACUUGGCAAAUGUUGUGCCUACCCUAGCUAACUUUUAUCAUCAGGCCAGUGAAGCUUAUGAACAAGCUUGCACUCGUCAUAUCAGUUCAAUCAUUUUCCUACAAUUUGAAAGAUUAUUCCAAUUUGCCAGGAAAGUCGAUGAAUUGCAAUAUACAAUAUCCCCUGAGGAGAUACCUUACCAGCUUGGGCUAUCUAAUGCGGAUCUCAGAAAGGUGUUGAAAACCAGCUUGUCUGGAAUUGACAAGUCCGUUACUGCCAUGUAUAAGAGAUUGCAGAAGAACUUGACUUCUGAGGAGUUAUUGCCUUCCUUAUGGGAUAAGUGCAAGAAAGAGUUUUUGGAGAAGUACGACAGCUUCGUGCAAAUGGUGUCGAGGAUUUAUCCGAAGGAGAACAUACCUUCAGUGGAGGACAUGAGGGCUCAGCUUGCUUCUUUGUAGAUAUGUGUGUAGAAUGGUGUAUAAUUUCAUGUUGAGAUAGUGUAGUUCCCUUUCCUUGCUCUACUAUGUUAUUGUAUUCAUUAAAUUCUUGUAUUAGAUUUUGCGCACCUCAUUUCAAAGGUCCUUUUUCUGUAUUUCGCUGGGGAUUUUUACUUGGUCCUUCUAUAUCUGUUUCAGAGGUUGAGCUAUUUGGCGCGCUGCUUGGAGGUAUGUAAGUGAUAUGUUAUGCAAGUUUUUUGCAAUAUUGGCAAAUUUGUUAUUUGCGUGAACA